CACGAUUCACGACACGAGUCAUGCCACAAACUCAAGAAUCUUUGUCAAACACAGGAGAAUUCAUGUCCACGUGGCAUUAUAAUACAGCAGUAUUAUAACUUAGAGACAAGCAUUUGACAUUUCUCUCUAGCAAAUAGAACCACCAACUGUAGAAAGAGAAAACUAGAGAGAGAGAGUUUUUAACUUAAAUAGGCGGGGCAUUAACCGGAAUCUUCCAAUGGUGGCGGCCGGUGAUUCACCGGAGGCGUUACCUGAAGGAUGGAGUGUACAAUUUAGUGCUUUAAGGUCAGGUCGCAAAGUUAAGUGCUAUAUGAACUCUGGAACUGGUCAAAAGUUCUUCUCCAAAGAUGACCUUUUGCGCCAUAUUAAAGCAGCAAAAGCUCUACUAGACUGCCCCCAGCCAACUAACAGUCCCAUUCAAAGUACUUCAGAAAAUAACCAUAUGAAUCAGCUUAUAAAUCAUACAAAUGAAAAUCCCGAAUGGUUGCCUCAUGGCUGGAUUACAAAGUCAAAAACCAACUCAGUUGGAAGAAAAUACAAGUUUUAUAUUGAGCCAUUGACUGGACGCAAAUUUAAUUCCAAGCCAGAGGUGUUUCGACACAUUGAAACUGUGGGGCAGGAAUGUUGCGAAUCCAUGCAGGAGGAAACAUGUACAAGUAUGCUGCCCUUGAGUGAAAUUCCUUUUCAUUAUCCUGAUGCUAAGGUUAGGUUUGAGAAGUCUACAGUGGAGGAUUUGCCUGCAGGGUGGAUAAGGGAGAACAAAGUACAAAGGAAGGCAAAUGGAAUCAGAAAAGACCCAUUUUACAUCGAUCCUGUAAGUGGAUAUAUGUUCCACUCCAAAAGGGACGUCCAACGUUAUCUAGAAAGCGGAGAUAUUAUGGCAUGUAAAAUUAUACCAAAGAAAAGAGACAUGGAUUUCGAGACCUCGCCGUCAUCUGCAGCUAAAAGCCAGAAACUAGAGCACUAUGCUACUGGACAACUUAUGGAGGGUCAAACAAAUACAUGUCAUAAGAAUUCUGAUGGAAACAGCAUAGCGAGAAGGAGAGGCAGAUCUGCAUCUGCUUUAGCUAUUGUUCCUCUAGCUAGCAUAACUGAGAAACCAUCGCAGAAGAUUCCAAGUAAUAAUAGUGCUGAAUCUGAGAAAAAUUCUGAUGCAAACUGGUCAGCACCAACAAUGGCUGAAGAAGUCAGAGGUGCCAAUAAUUGUGGACAUCGACUCUUAAUUUCUCAAGAUGAGAUUGGGAUAAAAGGGGACGAAACUGAUAAAACUCGGAAUAAUUUGAGCAAAUCCUCUUACAAGAAAGGGCUCAACAUGCCUCGUCGGUGUUCAAAGCGGCUUUCUGGGAUUGAACCUGAGAUGGUAGAAAAAUCAGUGUCCAUCACACAAGCAAUUUCUGAAGCUAUUAUCAAGAAAGAGCAGAACUCUCCUGAGGGUGGGAUAAAGGGGUCCAUUGUGCAAGGAAAUUCUGAAGCUGAUAACAACCAAGGGCAUAAUUCUGCUGAGAAUGGGAUAAAUGGGUUCAGUGUGCAAGCUCUUCCAAAAAUAAUUGGAUCUUCUAAAUGUGAAGCCAUUAUAGAUGUGGCUGUUGCUAAAAAUGGAUUGGCAGAUAAACCAACUGAGAAAACCGUGCAUGAACCUGGAAAAGAGCUUGUGCUACAUAGUUGCACUGCUAGUAGUCCAUUGCUUGGAGACCCAUCAAUCAGUAACCAAAAGUCUGAUUCAAGCUUCACUGUCCAGCCAAACAGGGAAGUUUCUAGUCAAUGCAAAAUGGUUAACACUGAUGAUGGACCUGUUUCAACUCCUGAAGUUGAUACCAUGCAAGGACAGAAACCUCUUGAGCGUGGGUUGAAAGGGAGAAGCCAAGUAAAAACUCAAAAUAGUAUGGGCACACGGAGAAAUAAAAAAGCUUUUAAUUUGCCUCGCAGGUCUUCAGAACGACUUGCUGGACUUAAACAAGAGUUUGUAGCCAAGUCAGAAUCCAGCACUGAAGCUCUUCAAAACUCGGGGAGAUCUAGAAAUGAAUUAAAUGAAGCUGUAGUUUCGACUACAGAUGGUUCGGCACGCUUAACAUCUCAGCAGAUAGAGAACGAAUCCCUUAUAGAGUGUCCACAUAGUUUGAUAAAUGCCAGUAAUUCAUUACAGCAAGAUCCAUUAAUUAAGAAACAAGUGUUUAUUCCUGAUCAAGCUGUUUCCAAAGACCAUUGCAGGGUGCUGGAAGCCAACAAAAUCAAUGAUCAGAAAUCAGAAUCAAAGCUCGUGCCUCCAAUUGGGGAGUUCUUGUCAGACCCAUGCCUUGAGUUUGCAUACAAGACUCUUACAGGUGAAAUACCUGUUGAGAUGACUGCCAAUAAUGGGAUGGUUUCAACUCCUACACCUGAUAUUGUAGAUGAGAGGGUUUUACCUGUGAAAAAGAUAGAUAGAAGAGGCAAGGGGAAAACUCUGACCAAGUCAACAAAAAACAAAAACAGUAGUAGAGCUUCAAAGUCUAAGAAAAAGGCUACAGAUGUGGAUUUGGCUCCAAAGAAUUUAGCAAAUGGAGCUUCCCAGCAUCUGAAGCUUGCUUCAGAAGCGGAGUGUGCAUAUUAUGGUUCUACAAAUGUAAAGAUAAUACCACAGAAUGAGUCAACAAAUAGUAGGGUACAACAUCCCAAUAAUGACAAAUCCGAGGUGUUGCCUUGCUUUUCCUAUGGGGAGUAUUGGUCAGAUCCAUGUUUUGAUUUUGCAUACAAGACUCUUACUGGUGCAAUACCAGUAGAGAGUAAUUUGCCAGUUCAGAGUUACUUUCAGCAACAGGUUGAUGCUUCUCAAAACCGAAGGGAACUGGUGGAUCCUUCUCACGCCUCAAGAGAUGGUACUUUGGCACUUCCAGAUUUCGGAUUACCAGGUUUUUUUAAAACUGAUAUUUCAAUUCACUUUGAUUCUCCGGAAAAGCAGCAGGUCGCUGUUCAGCCACUAGUUCCCUCAAGUAAUCCUUCCUUUGCUCCCUCUGGAAGUAUGAGCUUGCCAAGUUACAGCAGCUUGGGUCCGCAGCAACAGGUGCACUUGAAUUUCGGUUCACAACAACAGCUGAACUUGAACUUCGGUUCACAUCAGCAGGCGCACCUGAACUUCGGUGCACAACAAGCGCACCUGAACUCCAGUUCGCAGCAACAGGCGCAUUCGAAGGAGAAUAAGGGACUGCGCCGAAAAGUGAACUCUCAAGGGUAGUCAAGGACGAGGUACCUCUUACCAGUUGGAUGCAUUUUGAGCAUCGACAAAAAGAUGCUAGCUUUUUCCAGCAAUAGCCUUUGUGGCUACUGUACUUUGUUUCUGUAAUCUAAUGUAGAAAUGUAAUCCUGUAAUGUUAUGUAGUUCUUUUUUAACAUUUUGACAGUUUGUUCAAAAGAUAUGUAGGGAUAGAAACUUGUGAAAAGCUGUACAACUGCUUAAAAGUGUUGUGUUUUCUCAUCAAUGAAUAUAGAAAGUCUUUCAAUGUAUGCUAAAUGGCAACAUACAAAGAAUUUUAACAGUUA